AGUUGCACUUUACUGAACUCCCUGCCAUGUGCAUGCAGUGUAGACACAAGCUGCUCUGGCUGUCUGGGCUGAUCUGUCCUGUCUCCUGAGAACCAUUCUUCCUCUGGCCACUGGGGCAGGACUCCAUGCUGCUGUGGGCAUCCCUGCUGGUCCUUGCUUCUGUCAGUGGACAGUUUGGUUUUGUCCCCAAAUGGAGAAAAGCAAUUAUAUCCUUUCAACUGUACCCAAACCUGUGAUCUCCCUUCAACCACCAUGGACCCCGGUUUUCCAAGGAGCAACAGUGAAUUUGACUUGCAAUGGAUUUCACUUCAAUGCAACAGAGAAAACAAAAUGGUACAAUGAGAAUGGGGAAAAGGUACUAUUGGCAGAGACUUCAGAAAACGUCCUACAGGUUCAUGCAACUGGAAAGUAUAGAUGCCAGGCUGAAAACUCACUUCUGAGUGACCCUGUGUUGUUGAACUUUUCUACAGGCCCCCUCAUCCUUCAGUCUCCUCAUUCUGUAUUUGAAGGCGAUACAUUGGUUCUGAGAUGCCGGAGAGCAAGAAAAGAGAAACUGACUGCUAUGAAGUAUUGUUGGAAUGGAAACAUACUCCAUAGUUCUAAUAAAAGCUUUGAUCUUUUUAUCCCAAGAACAAGUUCAGUAAACAAUGGCAAUUAUCAAUGUACUGAGUCUGGCGACAAAGAUGAUAUAUUUAAAUCAAAUGUAAAAGUUAUUAAAAUUCAAGAACUAUUUCCACAUCCAAAACUGAAAGCCACUGCCACUCGACCUAUAGAGGGGACCUCUGUAAACCUGAGUUGUGAAACACAUCUUCUCCCAGAGCGACGGGACACUUCUCUUCAUUUCAUCUUCUUCAGAGACAACAGAGUCUUCCUAUCAGACUGGAAUGAGUCCUCAGAGCUCCAGAUCCCAGCCAUCUGGAAAGAAAACUCAGGAUUGUAUGGGUGUGGUGCUAAAACAGUGGGCCACAGCAUCAGGAAACGCAGCCUCCCACGGCUGAUUCAGGAGCAGAGUGACUGUGGCAGAGCCAGGUGUGCUAAGACAGUGAGCCACAGCGUCAGCAAACGCAGCCUCCCACUGCCGAUCUGGGUGCAGAGAAUCCCUGUCUCUGAAGUCUCCAUGGCCACCCAUCCCCCAGGCCAGGUCACUGAGGGGGCGAUGCUGAUCCUUGUCUGCUCUGUGGCUGAAGGCACUGGGGACAUCAAAUUCUCCUGGCACAGGGAAGACACAAAUGAGAGUCUGGGGCAGAAGACUCAGCGCUCCCAAAGAGCAGAGCUGGAGAUACAUGUCAUCUGGGAGAUGCAUGCUGGGGUGUACUACUGCAUGGCUGACAACAGCUAUGGCCCUGUCUACAGCGAGCCAGUGAACAUCACUGUGAGAAUGACUCCAGGAAACAGACAGGGCCUCACUGCUGCGGGAGCCACUGGGGGGUUGCUCAGCGCUCUUCUCCUGGCUGGGACCUUCCUGUUUUACUGGCGGUGGCACAGGAAAUCAGGAGACAGUUCCCCGGAUGUGGAACUCAGGAGCCUUCCCACUCCAGACCCAGGACCCUCCUUCAAUUCCAUCUGCCCUGCCCAGGAGGAACUCAUGAACUUAUACUGCAAUGUGCACCCCAAUGAAGGAAACUUGGUAUAUGCUGAGGUCCAAAGUGCUCAGCUGGGAGAAAGAGAAGCCAGUACCACCAGGACACCUCUAGAGGAGAGGCACGGCUCAUUUGCCUACUCUGAGGUGAAGACAUGGCUCUCAGAAAAGCCAGAAAUUUCAGCCUCAACGAUGCAGAUGCCAUAGAUUGCUAUUAAAGUGCGGUAUUCUUGUGACUUGACUCUAUCCAAAGCCGCAGGCCCAUCGUGGGAUUACAGUCAUCAACUUGAAUUCAUCUACUCUGAAGUGACGAUGGAGUUGCCUCUGAAAUGCCUUGCUAACAUGUCCCAGAUCCAGGACAGUUGGGAGAAGACUCUGUAUGCCUGUUCUUGAAAGGACCUAGUGUGCUCCCCGGAGUCUGAUUUAGGGAAAGACAAUAAGGAGAGAGAAGGACAGUUUUUGAAAAAUGGAAUUCUAAAUGCUAGUGAAUUGGGAUUCUCACAGAGAUAGAAAAGACCGGGUGUUAUGGUUGAUACAUUGUGUCAACUUGGGGAGUCUAGAGGUUUGGCUAAGUGACUCAGCAGGAAGCCAGGAUA